CUCCCAUGUGCCGGAUGCCGCGAACAAUUCCGUGUGGUAAUCGGCUGACAGAGACGGUGGCGAUCGUGUUUGUGGAUUGCAGGGCUGGACUUGUUUCUGGGCGCAAUAAAGAUUUGGUCAUGGCUCCGCUUCCAGCCCAUGUUGAGGUUCUCGGUGCCUCCUCGCAGUGAGCAAGCUACGUUUGGUCCGAGUGAUCAAUUCCAUCUACCACAAACUUGCUGCUGUUAUCUACAGCUCACCCUAAACAAAAGAUAGAGAAGCCAGAACAGAUUCGGUUGAAAACAGAAGGCUGUCAUACGAUGUUGGCUGCCAACCUGAAAAAAAAAAUCUCCGAGGAACAACUCAACAGAGACACGAUUGUACACAUACUAUUACAAUAACAAAGUAUUUUUUUUGACAGAGAUUUCAAUAACAAAGUAAAUGGCGUAUGGCUAGAUGAUUGCGGUUUGUUUUCCUGCCUUGACCAGGUCAACCCGGUUGAGGAUGGAUGAUAAUGGCAACUUGGCGAGAAGGAUUCAUUUAAGAAGCGGCCAUGGCUGCAACAACCACCGUCCUCUCCCCUCCCCUGUGGUUAAGUUAGGUGGGAGAUUAGGUUUUUAAGCUUUGAGCUGUUCCUUUGGCACCAUCCUCCUUGCUUUCCAGUGUCUCCCUCCAUAAAAAGCACGGCACAUUCCAACUGCCACCUUGCUCCGCCGCGUUCCGUCGCCUCACAGCUGUGCGUGCUGUCCCGUGAACUCUUCUCUUCUGUUGCGCGCUUCCCUUUAAUUAGGCCGCUGUCAGUUCCAGCAGGCUUCUGAAACUCCAAUCAUAAGAACCACCCUGCCCUGCGAGCACAUCCAUCGCCUCCCUUCCCACACCCUCUCUCCUCCUCGUUUCCUAUCGUCAAUUGUGAUCGAGUGGGGAGCGAGAGAGAGAGAGAAGAGUGGAGAGGAGAAACAAGGAUCGACCAAGAGGUUCCCUCUCAUCAGUUCAUCGCCAGGCGUCAUCAUCAUUUCUUAAUGGCCGGGAAAGGGCCGGUGGUUCCCAAGUUCGGGUCGUGGGACGCCGAGAACAUCGGCUACACCGUCUUCUUCGAGAAGGUGCGCGAGAACAAGGCCGCGCCCGUGCCGGGCACGGCGGCGCCAGCGCCCAGGGGGCACGACGACCAAGAGUUCGACCCCUACGAGUACUACGAGAACCUCAGCCGGAACGUGCCCUCGCGCCCGCCCAGCUCGCACGGCCACGGCCACGCGGCCCCGGCGCAGCACUAUGACCACCUCGGCGGUAACGUGCCCUCGAGGCCGCCGAGCUCGCACGGCCACGGACACCCCUCGCCGGCGCAGCACUACCCCGCGCAGCACGGCCACGGGGGCUACCACCGGCGGAACGGGAGCAAUGGCAGCAGCGCCGCGUCCGAGGUCAGCAGCCGCGCCAGCAAGUUCUCGCCGCCCAGGCCGUACCAGCCGCGCUACGGCAACAGCGGCGGCAGCUACCACCAGCCCCAGCAGCAGCAGCAGGUCGCCGGCGCGUACGCCGCCCCGGUGCCGAGGCACCACCAGCAAGCGGCGCCAGCGCCGAGGGUCACCGCGUCCCCGCCGGCUAACGAGCGGCGCCCGGGCCAGGGCGUGCCACCGCAGGCCCGUGCCGCCAAGGCCCCGUCGGCCGUGCCCAAGUUCGGCGUGUGGGACGAGCAGAACGCGAACGCGGCGGCGCAGGGCUUCACGGUGCAGUUCGAGAAGGUGAAGCGGCACCGGGAGGUCGCCAAGGCCGCCGCGCCGGACGUGCCGCCGGUCGCGAAGCGGCAGCUCUCGCCGGACCGGGUGGUGCCCACGUGGGGCCACCCGCGAAGGAAGCCCAAGAAAUCCUUCCUGUCGAAGGUCUACGGGUGCCUGUUCCCAGUGGUCAGACAGUGACGGGGCAGCUGGUUGAUAAUAUUAACCCGACCAUAGCGGCUGCUGCUUUUGAUCUCAUAUAUGUUUUUCUGGAAGGAACCCUGUAGUGUACACAGUAUUUCAUUUGUUCAUUCGUUGUUCGUUAUGAGUAAUAUAUAUACUCCUGGUAUUAAUAAAUCAUGGCAAGAUAAAAGCACUUGGCGUAUACGUAUUUUAAGUGCCCGCAAAAAAAAAGUAUACAUAUUUUAAGUGCCAAACUCUGUGUAUCCAGUGUGUAUCGGUGUAUGCAUUUGAGACUUCCAAAUGCGUGGCACGUGCACGUGUGAGUACUAGAACUAAUGUAAUUUGAUGCGUAUGAGUGCGAUAAUGAAUGAACAAAAAGAUGUGAUUGUUC